CACCGCCUUUGCGCCAGCCCUUGCGCACGCAAACACGCAACACAUCAGCCCCGUCGCAGCAUCUCUCUCGGCCAGGAGGACCAGGAGCACAUCUUCAUCUGAGCAUCCAUUGCACAACUGCCUCCCAUCGUCUGCGCACCGACGACACCGGGCGUGUUCCUCCAACGCUUGCUGCUUCUUCUUCUUUUUAUAGGGUGCCUCGUCUUGGAUUAUUUUCUUCAUCGUUGCAUUUCUCUUUUUUUUGGAGAUGGUUAUGUGUUUUUAAUCACAACCUGUAAGGAAAACAAACUAAAACACAACACGGAGCAUCGUCGGCCCAGCGCGAUUAUAAUCUCAUUGAGGAGGAUAACUGCAAGGGGCAUUGGAAGCCGCAGGCAGAGAGCUGAAAUCCAGCAGAGACCUUUUGAGUCGAGGUGAUCACUAUCCUUCCAGAGCCAGGCCCCGUUAACAGCGGCAGCCUGUAGCCCCGGGACUCGCUGCUCCCAGAAGCACCACAAGGCUUUCCCCUGGCAGACCCUCUUCUGACCCAGUGCGGCUGAAGCCCCUGGACGCAUACCCACAGUCACCAUGGGAACCGUGCUGUCUCUGUCGCCCAGCUACCGAAAGGCGGCCCUCUUUGAGGAUGGGCCGGCCACCGUGGGCCACUACACGGCCGUCCAGAACAGCAAGAACGCCAAAGACAAAAACCUGAAGCGCCACUCGCUCAUCAACGUGCUCCCCUGGAAGCGAAUCGUUGCGGUGUCGGCCAAGAAGAAAGGCUCCAAGAAGGUGCAGCCCAACGGAAACUACCAGAACAACGUCACCCAGCUGAACAACGAAAACCUGAAGAAGUCGCAGUCGUGCGCCAACCUCUCCACCUUCGCCCAGGACCAGAGCACCCCGGCUCUCACCAAGGCCUCCAACAACGCGGUGACGUCCGUCAAGAAGGCCCCUCUGACCAACUCCAACGCAGUCCCCGGGACCCCCAAAAGGGUGAUUGUCCAGGCCUCCACCAGCGAGCUACUGCGCUGUCUCGGAGAGUUUCUGUGCCGCCGCUGUUACAGGCUAAAGCACCUUUCCCCCACCGACCCGGUGCUGUGGCUGCGCAGCGUGGACCGCUCCCUGCUGCUCCAGGGGUGGCAGGACCAGGGGUUCAUCACCCCCGCAAACGUGGUCUUCGUCUACAUGCUGUGCCGGGACGUGGUCUCCUCCGAGGUGGCCACGGAGCACGAGCUGCAGGCCGUGCUGCUCACCUGCCUCUACCUGUCUUACUCCUACAUGGGCAACGAGAUCUCCUACCCUCUCAAGCCCUUCCUGGUGGAGAGCUCCAAGGAGACCUUCUGGGACCGCUGCCUUUCCAUCAUCAACCUGAUGAGCGCCAAGAUGCUCCAGAUCAACUCCGACCCGCACUACUUCACGCAGGUGUUCGCCGACCUGAAGAACGAGAGCCAGAAGGAGGAGGAGAGGAGCCGCCUGCUCAUCGGCCUGGACCGGUGAGGGGGUGCUGGGGGGAGCCGGGGGGGAGGGGGGCAGACUGGUCAGGGGAGAUGGGGCCUACUCCACUCUGGCAUUUUGACGUUGAUUUUGUUUGAAGGAUUAUCUGUGAUGCUAUUUGCUGAUUAUGCGACAAGGCCGAUUUGAAAGUAUUUAACAUUCAUAACAACUAAACAUUGAGGGGGAAGGAAUCCUAAGGGGGGGCUCUGUGAUUUUCACAGAUCGACAAUGUUGGGGAGAUAACAUAUAAAAUCAUCAACUAAAUACGGGGCCGUGGGGUUUAAAAAGCAAGAGCACUCUUUUGUGCCCUCUUGAAGUGGUUAUUAUUACUAUCAAGGCCAAAUCCUAUUUUCCAUCGAGCAAAGGAUGGAUUUUCUGUGAACCUGAGAGUGAAAGCGUUUUUUUUUUUUUAACAAUUAUACAUUUAAAAAAAUGCCAGACUUGGGUAAAUCCUUUGCUAACGUAAAGAUAUCUAUAUCUCUAUAUGAAGAACUGAAAAUGUUUUUAAGAAAAACACACAACAAGACAACAAUUCAGGCAAAAAGAGAGACAUUAGAAGAGGAAGCCAACAUCUACAGCAUUGAAUGUGGAGAGGACCGAGGCGGCUCACCGGCGACCUUCUGACGGCGGGAUGUGCACUGCCUAUGCUGCAGGAGGGUGAGGGCCAUCGCCUGACUGGCUUGCUUCAUACAUCAUGGAUGAAGGGGCGGGUGCCCCCCUCACCUCUCACACCACCUCCCACACCCCCUGCCCCCCCCCCUCCCAGCUGCAAACUCUGGCUCUUCGGAAUGCCACGUCCCCUCCGUCCACGCGGAUACCGCCGGACAAACAGCGUUGCAGCAAUGCAUAUCUGAAAGAGCAGCGGGGGGCCAUCGAUGCUGGAUCCAUAUUUUCGUGGGUUUUCCGUUUGUGGCUCCACAACUGGUCUUCUACUGGUGGGGACAAGAGGCAAACACUGCAUUGUGGGAUGUAUGAUGAGGGGUCAUACUGUGUGUGUGUUCAGAAAGGCCGGCUUAUUUUCCUCUAGACAAAAAAAUAAAGUUAAUGGAUGUUUUACUCCACCAGAGGCUCACUCCGAUGGCGGCUUAUUUAUUGCUUUUAUGGAACAAGAUUUCUUUGAUUUAGCUCUUUUCUCUUUUUUUUUUUAACUUAGAAAUGUAAUGUUUUGCACGUGUGCCAUGCAAUUUUACAGCGUUUUCCGGGACGGAGGGAACAACCGUUACUUUUCUUCUUUUUACUUGAUUUGUAAACCAACUGCAUCUGCAUUAGAGAAUGCUGUGAACAAAGUGACACUAGUUUAUUUAGCUCUGCUUGCUAAAAUAGGCUAUUUGUUUACCAGGGAAAUUCUUUUUGUACUUUUGUCGAUUUUUGGAAUGACGUUGGAUUUUGUGCUUAUGAUUCAGCAUAGAUAAUGUUUAAAACAGUGCCAUAUCGUUGAUGAAAAAUCCCACAGGUCUGAGAUCUCUGUUUGUCCAGCUGUUGAAUGAUGGGAUGGAUUUUCAUCGUCUACUAACUAACUUACUGAGACCUAAUUUAUUGCCAUUUACGUAUUUAUUUAGGCACAUUUAUUGUAAAUGAAAGGACAGACUUUGAAAAGAGAAGGACACAUGGAGGUUUUUCUUCGCUGGUGUAGGUGUGCUUAUCUUUGGUGGGAAUGAAGAUUGAUCUGGCUCAUGCACAUGAAUGUUGCAGGGAUUUAUCGAUGGAUACCUAAUUAAUCUGACCAUCACCAAACCCACGUCAUCAGGGGACACCUUGAGACAUCACAUCAUUGAGCUUCUACUUAAGAAAACGCCCUUAAACGACACCCAACCUCCCGUGCCACAUAUCAGACGAUUUCAACGGUCAGCAUCACUGCAGAUCCUCCGUCAGCACCACCUCUGUGCAGAUCAAAUGCGAGGCGACGUCACACUCCUCCAUGGGCCGCAGGAGACGAGGCGACCUCCACCGGAACGAUCAAACACUCAAUCAUAGAAACACACGCCAUAACAUGACCUGCUGCAGUGUGCAAGGGCAACCGGAGCAGGAAGCGUGCAGAACAACGUCUGAAGGGAAAAUAGUUUCCAUCUACAGUAUUUAUACCCAGAAAUGUAUGAGAAGUGGUUUUACUGGUUUUACUCAUUUCAACAUAGAGCGCAGCUGGAACGAGUCCGUCUUUUUGCAGUUACGCUUCCCUCAUCUUGAGGUCGGUGUGUAUUUUUAAUGGGUUUCUGGUUAGUUGUCUAAAAUAAGGUCUGCGGUUAACAAAAGUUGAAGAGAUUUAAACUUUGUUUGUCGACAUAAAAACACGUCGUGAAUACCACAUCUAAGUGGACGUAGCAUCCCGCGUUGGUUUGUGGACUGAGUUUGCCAUCUUGUUCUUUUGCAACCAGUGAACGUGGCUGAAAAAAUAUUCGGACUGAGCGUGAGCGACAUAGAGGCGUCGUAUAUUUCUCUGGCAGAGGCCUGCCAAUCACAGUGUAGCCCCGCCCUAAUUCGUUCCCUUCUUUAUGGUCCAUUUUAUCCUAAAUGGAGCAUAAUUUACUGGAUGAACAUCAAGCUGUUGUGAAGACGACGUAAACAUAAAGACUUAGACUAACCAACCAGAGGAGUCGCCCCCUGAUGGACAUAAGAGAGAAUGCAGGUUAAAUGCACUUCAGCAUUAGCAGAUCCGCUAAAUAUAUGCUAAACGAGACAACUAAACGUCAUCAGUAGAACACUAAAAGUUGUGUUUGCUUGUGGAGAUUAUCUUGCUAAACAAAAAUGAAUUAUUUUAAGCGUUGCUACAGAGCUUUAUUCUUGCAAUAAUCCACAAAUUCAAAAAUCCCUUCAGCUUUUUGCUCCGGCAACCAGUUCGACCACGACGACCUCCUGGUUACGCCAUCCCUGCAGCAGAGAAAAUACGCACAUUGGAAAAGUUUCUAUAAAUCAGAAUGGACUGGUUGGGCUUCUGCUCUGGCAGAAAACAAAGCAGGGCAACGGGGAAAAUGGCAUCAUGAAGUGACUCCGCAUCUUCUUUCUCGCUUUACCCUCUCGAUUCACUUGAAACGUGCCAUUUGUUCCCCCUCCCCCACUUUGCAUCAUUGAGUAGUUGUUUGAGAAAAUACUUUCAAAUGCUUAUGAAAUAAGAACAAAAGACUCAAGUGGUGUUGAAAGAUUUGUCGAAUUCUUUUUCUGUAUCUUGUUGCGUACUUUGUAGAUAAAAAAAAAAAAACAGUGGCUCAGAACUUCAAUAAAGUGAAGCAUUUGAUGGGUGUGUGUGUGUGUGUGUGUGUGUGUGUGUGUGUGUGUGUGUGAGACAGAGAGGGGAUGACUGCGUUUUAUUUGUACAUAGGAAUGUGUGACAUGUUUUCUCAUGAACAGGAGGCCGAGGUGUCGAUGCCGUUCAAUAAAAAUGUUCUUUUUCUGAAAAAGACAAAAAAGCUGUUGCUGUGAUUGAAACUUUUUUCAGUUAGUUUCUGCUUAUUUUAAUUUAUUUUUGUACUGUGAUGGAAAAAUAAAAUGCAACGAUCGUU